AUGUGGAUACAUUUCCCAAAGAAAUUGAUUCUGGAUAAUAGAAUCUAUGUGAUGGAAACAGUUAAUCUAACCUCCGGUUUUAUUCUUCUGGCCUUUGUAGACCUUGAUUACAACCAUGCAGCUUUCUUUUCCACCAUUCUGGUCAUAUACCUCCUCACAUGGACUGCUAACUUACUUUUACUGAGUUCUAUUAAACUUUCUCCACAGUUGCACAUACCUAUGUACUUUUUCUUAGGAAACCUGUCAGUGGUGGACAUCUCUUUCUCUACAGUGACGGUUCCCAAGUUACUGUCCUGCAUUCUUCAUAGAGGAACCUCCAUUUCCUUCCUUGGCUGUUUCCUGCAGGUGUAUUUCUUUGUGUUUCUGGGCACCAAUGAGAGUUUUCUUUUGUCAGUCAUGGCCUUUGAUCGAUAUUUGGCUGUUUGUAUCCCUUUACGCUACAUAUCAAUAAUGAAUGGUAAGGUUAUGGUCAUGCUGAGCAUUAGUUGCUGGGUGGCCUCAUCUCUGCAUUCAUUAUUGCACACUUAUACUCUGUCACAAUUAAAAUACUGCGAUGACAGACUAAUCCACCACUUUUUCUGUGAUGUGACAUCACUCAUCAAGCUGUCCUGCUCAAGUACUACACUAGCUGAGCUCCUUAUGUACACAGAAAGUUCUGUGCUUAUUGUUCUUCCUUUCCUUUUGAUACUCAUUUCCUAUAUGCUUAUUGCUUUGGCUAUAGCGAAAAUGAAGAACAGCAGUAAUCGAAGCAAAGCCUUUUCUUCCUGUUCCUCUCAUCUCAUGGUCAUUUGCUUGUUCUAUGGCACAAUAAGUUUCAUUUACAUCCGUCCUUCAUCAAGUUACUCCUCCCAGUAUGACCACAUUGUUAGCAUGGCUUACACCAUUAUUACUCCAAUGCUGAAUGCUUUUAUUUACAGUCUAAGGAACCAAGAUGUGAAACAGGGUGCAAAGAAACUCAUCAUGCAAUGCUUUUCUUCCAGCUGA